AAAACGGAAGUUUCACCGUGAUAUAACACCGUCAAAAUCAUUAAGUCUUUUCACCAACUUAGAGGGGUGAAAAAACAACGUCGUUAGUUAGAAAAACAGAUCUAUAAGUAAACCUUAAAUUAAACCAAAGAAAAAACACAACACAAGUUAGAAUUGAUAAAGCAAAAGAAUAAUAUAGUUGACACUGAUACAUAAAUUUUGGACUUUGUUUCUAUUUGUCACACCCACCCACACAACUACACAACACACAAACAAAAUAAGCACACAGAAAGAAACAACACAGUAAGAAACAGAAGAAGAAAGAGAUCUAGUAGUGAGAUCAAGCUUCAACUUUUUCUAAAUCUAUUUUCUAACACUCUUAGCUCAUUCUGUGUCAUGGGGAGAGAAGUUACAGCAAUAGAAGUUGAGGAUGAUAAGAAGGCAAAUGGUGUGACAACAGCUUCAAGUCCUAAUGAUAACGGACAUGUUGUUUCUAAACUCGCAACGAUUAAGCUUGAAGAAAAGGAUCACGAGGUAAAGGAAUGUACUGAAGUCAAUUUAUUUGUUGAGAAUGGCCAUGAGACAAACGAUGUUUUGACUGCCAAAACAACAAAAUGUAAUACUGACUUGACUGAAGAGGAGAAUGAGAAACACGAAGUGCAAAAGACCGGUGACAACAAAGAGUUGAGCUCAACACAACCAUCUGAUCUGGUUACUGAAAAGAAUGGCUCCUACACACAUGUUGAUACUGAAGCUGUUGUAACUGGUUUGAUCUUAUCGCCGAAUGCGAACAAUAUGCGCACACCUUACUCAAAGCAUUCACAGCUAAACUCGCCUUUUUCUUCAACUAAGCCCUUUCAACAUAACGAAAAGAAGAACUAUGAUGAUGAAGACAAUUGGUCUAUCGCUUCCUCUGCUGUGUCAAUGCGCACUGCGAGAUCAAAGGUAACUCAGGGUUCAGCCCCUACAUUUAGAAGCUCGGAACGUGCAGCAAAACGGAGGGAGUUUUAUCUCAAAUUAGAGGAGAAAAACCGAGCUCUUGAAGAAGAAAAAAGCCAGUAUGAGGCAAGACUAAAGGAAGAGCAAGAAGCAGCAAUCAAGCAGAUGAGAAAGAACUUGGUAAUUAAAGCAAAGCCGGUACCUAGUUUCUACUAUGAGGGGCCUCCGCCAAAGACUGAACUCAAGAAGCUGCCACUAACACGCCCAAAGUCACCAAAACUGAAUCUGAAUCGGAGAAGAACCUUUGGUGAUGCUGUGAACUCACAAUCUCUUGAAGUUUGUAAUCGAGCACGUCACAGCACUGGUAGCUACAUCAAGGGUGGUUCUAACACUCAUACUCAUGACACUCUCACUCAGAAAAUUAAGGACCAGGCCAUGCGGCGCAAUAGCAAUGGCACUUACAAAACCAAAGAACGACCAAAAGUGGAUACAGAAACCAAAACCGGUCCUCGAAACAUCAUCCAGAACCCAAAUGCAGACAUAUCAGUCCAAUCUUGACUCAGGAAAAUACGCUAAUUUAUUCUUCAUAUGGACUUGACUUCUCUGAUUUGUGUUAAUUUGCGCGGUGUAUAUGUUUUUGUAAGUUCUGUUGGUGUGGGUCAUGUUUUAUAUAAUCAUAGUUACUAAUGUAGUAGUAUGUAUGAUAUGUGAUGUUCCUCCCAAACUAGGCCCCCCGGAUUUCAAAAAGUUAUAUGAUGAAAAAUAUAUUUCUUUAUGUUGACAUAGGAUUAGAUUGUCAUAUGGUUUUGUCUGAGUGUUGAAUGUUGUUUUUAAUGGGGGAACAUACCGUGUAAUGCACCUUUUUGUUCCAUAAUUGAGUUUGCAUUUCUUUAUUUUGAUAA